UCAAUCAAUACACGUUUUAAGUCAGUCGGACUUUUUGAAAACGCAACUGUGUAUGUUGUCAAGUAGUUCUCGAAAUAUCUUUCCAGCAGCUUGUAAAUAUACAACGCCGCAUUAAUGAGCGGAUGUCACAUGACUAGGGUAUAGACCAACACAAGGGCACAGCCCGGCGAGUAUCUACUUUCAAGUCAGAGCUAAGCCGUCAUUUAAGGUGUUUUCAUAAACUUCAAGUUAAGCAAACUUUUACAAUGUUUUUUUUUCAAAUGAGAUUAUUCCAAUCAUGUUUGAAAGUAAUCGUACACCAGAAUAAUUGUUUUUAAGAGUUAUUUCGUGUUCAGUGGGAGCAUACAACUGUGGAUGGUGCAUGUCUUAUUUUACACUGAUUCCAAAAAUUGACAUUUCCGGUAUCGCCUAGAUCAUUAUUCUGGUGUUGUAUCGAGGAAUCCGUGACACAUUCAGCCACAUUCAGCCACAUUGAGCUACUAGAACAUCGUUUUCUUCUCUUUAAGUUCUGUUAUAUUAUUUGAGUUUGUUGCUCCCUUGAGCUGAAGGUGUUGGAGAUUGGUUGAGCUCAAGUUGUUGGAGAUCAGGUGAGCUCAAGGUGUUGGAGAUUGUCUGAGCUCAACUUGUUAGAGAUUGGUUGAGCUCAAGUUGUUGGGGAUCAGGUGAGCGAGCUCAAGUUGUUUGAGAUCUGGUGCGCUCACGUUGCCUGGCGUCGGCAAAUGACUGAAGUGAAAAUGAAACGUGUCGGUCUGAGGCUGGUCGCCGGCGUCAUUAUUUCGUUGCUGGUCGUCGUCAGCAUCCGCAGACAGUACAACGCCGCCAAGGAGCUGCAGCGCAGAAAGGCCUUGACCUUCGCACCGACCGAACAGCGCAAGUCAGAGCUCGUCGUCCCGGGCAGUGACCCGACUCACGACACGAAGGACCCGGAUGACAGCUUGGACGAUUUCAUCGACGUCAUGCCCGCCCACCUGAAGAAUGACGAGGAGACAGAGGGAGAGGAGCGCGAGGAUGACCUCACGCUGACGAGGCCUAGGUCAGGGGUGGUCAACACCGGGCUGCAACAGUCGGCUGAAACAUCUCUUCGCGGUGAAAAUAAAGCCGGCAACGUGGAGCCCGGUGGAGAUGAGACGCGUCAAGUGCCGGCAUUCGAAGUAGACGAGACGGAAGAAAGUAUCGAUGACGUUGACAGUGUUGUUUACGAAACUGUUGACGAGACCCCUCAGCAAGAGUCUCUGCUCUCUUCAUUUUUCGGUUUAAAAAAAUUCUUGCCGUUCGGCGGAAACAGUGAAAACAAGGACGUUAAUGGAACGUCGAACGCUGGAGACGAGGACCGCCAUGACAGCCGUGUGGGCGGUAAGGAUGAUAUCAGUGCUAGUCACGAUGGUGGACGAGAUCUGCCCUUGGCUUACGACACUUUGAAUGAGAGAGUAGAGCAAGGCGCGGAAGUGGAACAGCGACAGGUUAACCAAGAUGGGGAACAGCGACAGGUUAACCAAGAUGGGGAACAGCGACAGGUUAACCAAGAUGGGGUGCCUCUGGUGAAAGCCGCAUUCGGUGCCGACUAUGGGUCAGAAAGAGUAGCUACUGUCAACAACGACGCUGCUGAAAGUGACGCCACUGACGCUCACAGAGAUCAUGACAGUGACGCCACUGACGCUCAUAGAGGUCACGAUAGUGACACCAUCGAGGAUAUGAAUGGAGGUCCAGCGAAAGCAAAUAGAUCGAUUCUGGCACAAAAGGGUGAAGAACCGAUACUGUCAGAAACACGAGUAGCAUCUGACGGUGGUAACAUAGCGGGAUAUCCAGCAAGUAAUCAACUGGUAGGACAAAACAACAAUGAUCUCCUGGGAAAACAGGACAGCAACAGUCUUGGAGGUCAAAAUAGCAAUGAUAUUGUAGGACAAAACAGCAAUGGUAUUGUAGGACAAAAUAGUAAUGAUGUUGUAGGACAAAAUAACAAUGUUAUUGUAGGACAAUAUGGCAAUCAUAUUGUGGGUCAACAAGACCUCCAUAUUCCAAUCGGGCAGCUGGAUAGACCUGUUUCCUUGCAACAUGACGUGACGAAUGACACUUCUCAAUUUGACAGUUCAAAUUUGAUACAGAAGCAGAAGAAUACCGAUAAUGUGGGACCAGACAAUUCAGAUGUUGCUGGACAACCAGAACUUUCCAAUGUAGAAAAACCGGGCUUCACAGACCAGCUUCAAGCAGCCAACUCCCUUGCCACCAACGAACCCCAAAACGCUCAAAAUCAACUCAAGCUCAAACAAGAAAAAUUGCCGAGACAAGCAGAAACCAGAGAUCAACUCCUGCGGGAAAAAUUGUCUCCAGAAAUUCUCAGGAUUCUCUUAGACAAUAAUCUCGGACCGAAUUUUCUUAAAUCAUUUCCUUUAGUCUGGCGAUAUCUGGCCAUGGAGAGGUCGGCCACGAGAAAUCAUCUUGUGGACAUGAAACAUGAACCUAAUGGGAUCAUGCCAUUAUCCGAGAACCCUAAUAAAAUAAGAUCUGAUCCCAAGGAGUCCACAAUAGGGACAGCUCUGGAAGUAGUCCCCGAACAAAAGGGAAUUAACUCACAAAGCCUUCCACUAGUUCCCUCCCUCCCACCGUUAACGGCCAUAGAUGUACUUUUCAACGAUAAUGAAGUCGAACCAAAAGUGGCGGGACAUCCUAUCGUGGAUGACAACAAUGGCAUGGGCACUUCUACAGCGACACCCGAUGGAGGUUCCUUGUACGACAACCCAAGACCUCUGUCAGACAACGAGUUUGCUUUGCUGAGGACACAUCCAUCGCUUGCGAACAACGCACAAGCCACGGUGUUUCCUGUCAGGCAGCCACUGUCGUCUGAACAGCUAGACAACAACCCACAACAACAGCAACACGUCCUGACGCCUCAAUUAUCGGAUGGGACGUCGUUUUUGGAGCAACAGCAGGAACCAGAACACCAGGAACAUCAACAACAACGACAACGAUUACCCGAACAGCAAGAAACCCAAGAACAAUACCAGCAGCAAUUACCAGAAGAGCAACAACAUUAUCAGCAGCAGUCACAAGAACAGCAACAGCAAAACCAGCAGCAAUUACAAGAACAGCAACAGCAAUACCAGCAGCAGUUACCAGAACAACAACAGCCUCAACAACAACAAAAUCAACAAGGAUACCAAGAGCAAAUACCUCUACAUCAACAACAAUACCUCGGGGAACUUACAGAACUGCAACAAAACCAACAACAACUAUUGUUACAGCAACAACCUCAACAGCAAUACCAACAGCAAGAACAAUACGAACAGCAACAAACAUAUCAGCAGCAAUUAUCAGAACAGCAACAAUACCAACAACGACUAUUGCUACAGCAACAACCUCAACAGCAAUAUCAACAGCAAGAACAGUACGAGCAGCAACAACCAUAUCAACAGCCAUUACCGGAACAUCAGCAACAAUAUCAACAGCCAUUACAGGAACAGCAGCAACAGUACCAAGAGCAAUUACCAGAACAGCAACAAAUAGCAGAAUUAAAUCAGACGUCUCUGUCAGACCAUCAGACGAUCCAGUGUCCACGUGACGUCAAGCUGGCUAAGACGUCACAUCCUGUCACAGCGUUGGUGGCCUUUCCCGGGGCGGAAGCAGCCUGGGUGCGAGACAUUCUGGAGCAACUGUUUGGUAGGUGUCAUGUUUGCAUGCAACUGUUUGGUAGGUGUCAUGUUUGUAUGCUACUGUUUGGUAGGUGUCAUGUUUGUACAAGUAAAUGUUUUUCAGGCAAUUUAUCAGGCUCUACAAUAAAUCAAACACAUGUAUAGCGCAGCUCGCUAUAAGAAAGAGGAAUCAUGCACAACUAUCCACUAUAAGGUGCUUUCCACAACUGCUGAACUCAACAUAGUCUAGUCAUAAUAACGAAAAAGAUACGUCACCAACUUAAAGGGGGUAAAAGCGUUCAUUAACUACUAGCUCCCAAAUCGCACCGCGCACAAUAGAACACAGUAUUCGGUGCGCAACAAUUACUUGUGAAUUUCGUGCUCAGAUAUAUUAUUAAUCCUAUAACAAUGUUCAAAUCAUUACUGAGAGAUACUUUUAUAUUCAAAUCUAUGCCUACUGAUACACCAAUAUUCAAAUCUUACCUAAUGAUGUACCAAUGUUCAAAUCUAUGCCCACUGACACAUCAAUAUUAAAAUCUAUGCCUACUGAUACACCAAUAUUCAAAUCUAUGCCUACUGAUACAGCAUUAUUCAAAUCUUACUUAAUGAUACACCAAUAUUCAAAUCUUUGUUUACUGAUACACCAAUAUUUAAAUCUUUGCCUAAUGAUACACCAAUAUUCAAAUCUAUGUCUACUGAUACACCAAUAUUCAAAUCUUUGUCUACUGAUACACCAAUAUUUAAAUCUUUGUCUACAGAUAAACCAAUAUUCAAAUCUUUGUCUACUGAUACACCAAUAUUUAAAUCUAUGUCUACUGAUACACCAAUAUUUAAAUCUUUGUCUACUGAUACACCAAUAUUUAAAUCUAUGUCUACUGAUACACCAAUAUUUAAAUCUAUGUCUACUGAUACACCAAUAUUUAAAUCUUUGCCUACUGAUACACCAAUAUUUAAAUCUUUGUCUACUGAUACACCAAUAUUUAAAUCUAUGUCUACUGAUACACCAAUAUUUAAAUCUUUGUCUACUGAUACACCAAUAUUUAAAUCUAUGUCUACUGAUACACCAAUAUUUAAAUCUAUGUCUACUGAUACACCAAUAUUUAAAUCUUUGCCUACUGAUACACCAAUAUUUAAAUCUUUGCCUACUGAUACACCAAUAUUUAAAUCUUUGUCUACUGAUACACCAAUAUUUAAAUCUUUGUCUACUGAUACACCAAUAUUUAAAUCUAUGUCUACUGAUACACCAAUAUUUAAAUCUUUGCCUACUGAUACACCAAUAUUUAAAUCUAUGUCUACUGAUACACCAAUAUUUAAAUCUUUGUCUACUGAUACACCAAUAUUUAAAUCUUUGUCUACUGAUACACCAAUAUUUAAAUCUUUGUCUACUGAUACACCAAUAUUUAAAUCUAUGUCUACUGAUACACCAAUAUUUAAAUCUUUGUCUACUGAUACACCAAUAUUUAAAUCUUUGUCUACUGAUACACCAAUAUUUAAAUCUAUGCGUUUGAUUCACAAUGUUAAAAUAUUUGCCUACUGAUGCACAAAUAUUCAUAUUUUAUAUGCUUAUUGAUAAUUUCAUGCGCAAAUCUAUGUCUUAUAAUACAACCAAUGUUUAAAUCUAUGUCUUAAUACGUCGACGUUCAAAUCUAUGCUUAUUGAUAAUGUUAUAAUUUAGUAAAUUCAAAUAGAUGCCUAGUGAUACACCAAUGUUCAGAUCCAUGUUUCUUAUAACGUCCGCUCUAACAGGUGAGCCGACUGACUCCAUCUACACCAUCAUGGCGGACCUCAAGUCAGGCAACGCCGCCUCUGUCUACCAGAUGGGGAAGAAGGUUGCCGUGCAGACCCACUCGGCGUCCGACAAGAACUUCCAGAGGGCGCUGCUGCUCAUCAGUAACCCAUACGCCGUAGAAAAGCAACACCAACUGUUUCGUCCACCUUUUCAAGGUAAAAAAAAAAAAUAAUAUGUGCUAGGUCAUUUUUGAAGCGCACAUACUCUAUUCAAAUAGGGGCACGUAACAGUUGUGUAGGUGAAAAGAUUUCUAAGACAGGAGAACGUCAUAUGGCCUUACGUAAUGUUACUAUUAUUAGACAAUGUUUUCGUUAAACAUAGCUUCUAACAAUUUAUUUCCGUAUAUAUAUAUAUAUAUAUAUAUAAAGCAGUAACAUUUUUUUUUAUAAAUCUUUAGUAAAAUAAAGUUUCAAAUUCGUUUUCGUCUAGGUUAAGACUAACUACACUGGCUGACCUUAACUUGAGCAGCGCUGUAUUUCGUUCAAAGUGAGGGUCAGAUGCUCAAUUCGUCUGGUCUUGUCUAUUUGUUCCAUUGGCAAGACUUGGUCAAGACGAAUGAAAAUAGACCAGGAUGCAGUAGAUGACCAGCAGUGUGUCUUGUGUGUUUCACUGUGCUAUUUAUGCGUUCCACGUGGCAGGAGUUGUCGGAAUUUUCAUCUUGUCCACGUCAUAGCGCCUACGGGACUCCAUCUCCGGGUUUGAUUUCAGAGUUUACCUUCUCUUAGAUGAGCUACCAUCCAGGUCAACGAGUCACAUGCACCCGGCUUGCUGGAGAUGUUGCUUUUGCAGAGGAUUGAACUCCAGUGUACUAGCUAAGGAUUUACUCAUUUUAGAAAACUCGGCCGUAGCCUGACAUAGACUGACAUAGACUGACAUAGUCUGACAUAGACUGACAUAGCCUGACAUAGACUGACAUAGCCUGACAUAGACUGACAUAGUCUGACAUAGACUGACAUAGACUGACAUAGACUGACAUAGCCUGACAUAGACUGACAUAGACUGACAUAGCCUGACAUAGACUGACAGAGACUGACAAAGACUGACAUAGACUGACAUAGACUGACAUAGCCUGACAUAGACUGACAUAGACUGACAUAGACUGACAUAGACUGACAUAGACUGACAUAGCCUGACAUAGACUGACAUAGACUGACAUAGACUGACAUAGACUGACAUAGACUGACAUAGACCAGGAGCGUUAAACAAAAGGUAGAAAAGAAAUGGAAAAAAAGGGAGGGCACUCUUCUCCUACAAAAGCAAAAAAGAAAAUUAAUCAAAGGAAGUAGGUGACACCAUAGUGCAUAUUCAAACAGAAACGAUAAUGGAACAGUCGUCCCUGCACUGGAGCUCAGAAAAAUUGUGGAUUUUGCAGGUGCCUUACGGAGUCAAGGCACACAUAUUGUUAACCAAUCAAUUCUCCAUAUACAUUAUUACUGGAAUGAUCGAUAUCCCAUUAAUGUUACUAUUGAUGAUAUUUUUAGAAAAGGACGGAGACCUUUUUAAAUUUAAAAAAAAAAAAAUAGUUUUUACAGGUGCUCUCUGGACCUGCUACUAACGCCACGGCCUGUCUCCCCUAUAUAAGAGUUCGGUAUUAUUCGCUAAAGAGUAUAUAACUCGCGUUGCGAUGUGCGCAAGCAACACCCUUGUUGAUUUUAAAGAGAACCAGAGGUGGGCGGGGUGAGAUUCCAUUAAAUCUGACCACAUGUUACAACGGCUACGGGUUGAAGUUUUGGUGACAAUGUCUGUUGUUUUAUAGCAGAAACUUUGAAGUGGGAAUGACCAGCAGUGCUCAAACUUCAGAAGGUCAGGCCACUGUUAACAACCCCGCGGAUAAAGACGGGGCUGAUGUUGUCUCCGAUACGAAACUUUAUUGCUUUUUAGAAAGUCCAUAGUUAUGCUUUGCUGUGUUAUCGUCACUUUGUUUCCAGGGCCCGACACUCUCACAACUAAAUUUUAUUAUUACUCUUGGACUUAUCUUGUAGAAUUAUCUCUUAACUAUUUUUUUUUACCAAGUGUGUGUUUAGGUGAUGGUUUUAUGUUUCAGACUGGCAGAAGAGAUAUCUGUGGGGCCAAACCUACUCGUCUUGGUUCAACAGUAGUCUGCCCUUGUUCGUCCUCGUCUAUGAAGAUUUGGUGGAGAACCCAAUGGCGGAGUUGAUCAAGGUAACGAAAUGGUGGGAAUGACGUGAUCAAUGUAACGAAAUGGUGGAAUGACGUGAUCAAGGUAACGAAAUGGAGGGAAUGACGUGAUCAAGGUAACGAAAUGGUGUGCCUGUUCUGAUCAAGGUAACUAAAUGGUGUGAAUGACGUGAUCAAGGUAUCGAAAUGGUGUGAAUGUUCUGAUCAAGGUAACUAAAUGGUGGGAAUGACGUUAUUAAGUUAACGGAACGGUGGGAAUGAUCUGAAUUACUGGGUUUUAUAAGCAUGACCUGAUAGAGCUGAGUUUGAUUGGCAUGACCAGCAGUACUGCGUCUGACUGGCAUCAUAAAGCGUGUGAACUUGCAUCAUGUGGGUCAUCAACAAUUUGUUGAAUCAUUUAAUUGUUACACCUUGACGCGAUGCUUCUAAAAAAUGGCACACGCCCUGACAAUAACGCCUUCUAUCCCAUUUCUUCCCUCCGUCCAGGUGACCGAGUUCCUUGGCACUGAGGACAGGCAAGUGAGCUACGAGUGUGCCAUGGACGUGGCCAGGAGACCGCCCAGCAGGAUCGGUGACGUCGCACAGAUCACUGGACUGUACAACCCGGAGCGCAGGCGCAUCAAUGCGAACAUCGACACCGUCAUGACGGCGGCACAGGGCAAGCACCCGGGGCUCGUGGCGCGGCUGGACAGCUUCAAAGUCUUUUAGCGUCAAGGUCGUCUGAAGGUGUCACCGAAGGGAGGGACUCUCUUAUUCUUAGUGACACAUUUGCGUUAUGGUGUGCAUGGGUACACAAAGGAGAUGAAAGAUGGGGCCUUAUUUUAUUUGUUCUUGCACAUUACUUGAGAGGAAACUGUAUGACACAUGCUUGAUUUGAUGCCAUCUACUUUAAGCUGUGGUGAACCCAUCAUGAUUUUAUUUAUGUGCAUGACCGUAUAGAAUAGUCGAUGUCUUACAGUUGCUCCACACGAGAAUCUUCUAUGCUCACCCGCCUCCCAGAUACGCCUCUGAUGGGGAUUAUGAAAACUUGACUACACAUUUGAGGCUACAUUUUGGUAUCUCCAUUGUAAUUACUGUCUUGUCCCAUUUAAUUACUGUCUUGUCCCAUUUAAUUACUGUCUUGUCCCAUUUAAUUACUGUCUUGUCCCAUUUAAUUUCUGUCUUGUUACAUUUACUUUUACCAUUUAGUUUAUAUAAAAAAUCUUUUUCAAUGUAUUUUUCUUUCCUCUUGUGUUGAGACUCAUGUUAACAUUUCCGGCUUUCCUAAAUUGAUUCACCAACUACCACCAACACCAACGGUACCACCAAGAUUAACUACACCACCAUCACCAUCAACAACACCAUCACCAUCAAUACCACCAUCACCAUCAACACCACCAUCACCACCAACACCACCAUCACAGUCAACACCACCAUCACCAUUAACACCACCAUUACUAUCAAGACUACCAUCACCAUCAACACCACCGGUACCACCAUGAUUACCAACACCACCAUCACCAUCAACACCACCAUCACCAUCAACACCACCAUCACCAUCAACACCACCAUCACCAUCAACACCACCAGGCUUUGAGGGUCCAUGAACAAAUUAUGUAACACAAAAGUCACAUGACAUUAUUUACCAACCCCUCUACCCUUAUAAGGUAUUUAACACUUCCAUUGAAGGCCCCCCCUCUCUUAGUAUUACAUAACAUUUCUAACACCAUCCCCACCCUACCUUUCCUUCUUAUUUUCCCGAUAAAAAAAUUGACACCAAAUUUUUUGUUUGACCAUUUAAUGCACCAACCGUUGCCGUUAACCCCAUGCUUGCUACCAACACACUACAAAUUUGCGACUAUUCGCACCCGGGUAUCAGAAGGGAGAGGUUGAGAUUAAAUAAAUAUUUAAAAUAUUAUUGUUGUGUUUGUAAGACAAAGUAAGGUGAAAGAUGAUUGAAUGGACUAUAUGUCUGUAAACUUACAUCUUCAGUUUAACUAAAAUAAAUUACCAAAAAAUGACAUCCGGGUCCUUAUAGACUAAAUCCCAAUCGGAUCAUUGUUACCAUCCAUUUUAAACAUCAUAAUGGUGUUGGUGGUAUUGGUGUUUUGGUGCUAGUGGUGUUAUACUGUGUUGUAUGGGGGUGGUAGAGAGCAGUGUUUAUAAAUGAUAAACCACCAACCUACCACCUUCGAGCCAUUUCAUAGCUGCA